AUGGCUCCGAAGCAGCCGAAUACCGGUCUCUUUGUGGGACUUAACAAAGGACACAUAGUUACAAAGAAAGAGUUGGCUCCCCGCCCCUCAGAUCGUAAAGGAAAAAGUAGCAAAAGAGUUCUCUUUGUGAGGAGUUUGAUUCGUGAAGUUGCUGGCUUUGCCCCAUACGAGAAGAGAAUCACUGAGCUUCUUAAAGUUGGAAAGGACAAGAGAGCACUUAAAGUGGCCAAGAGAAAGUUGGGAACUCACAAGAGAGCCAAGAAGAAGAGAGAAGAGAUGUCCAGUGUACUCCGCAAGAUGAGAGCUGGUGGAGGUGCCGAGAAGAAGAAAUGA